AUGGCUCGCGAUAGGAGCGUGUGCGUGGAGCCCAACACUGAAGACGUACCUCCGCCGCCCAGGGGUCACUCGUCGCUUCGCAGUCAAUUUCGCGAGGUUCCUGCGAGUGCACAGUCGGUCGCACAGGGCCCGUCGCUGCCGUCGUCGGCAUCCGUGCCGAGCGGCAACGCGCGCUACAUCCGCUCCACCACCACUCCCCCUCUGCGCCGACCCCCGCCCGCGCAGCCCCCUCCGGCGGAGGGGAGCGAUGGCGGCGGCAGCAGCAAGCCGGAUGCGCCGCCGCGCGAGCUGCGGGGCAAGCCAGGCGCGCGCGAGAACGGUGGGAGCAGGAGGAUGGAGGGGAGCGACGGGGGAAACCAGGCGCAGGAGGGGGCGGGCGGGGGAGCCGCGCAGGAGAAGGCGGGGGGGGCGGGGGUGGCGGGGGUGGUGCGCGAGGUGCUGUUCGUGAAGGGCAACGUGGCGGUGCACCCGUCCGCGUCGUCCAGUCGCAAGAUCGCGGGGCAGCUGCGCCUCGUCAAGCACGGCGCUGACGUCUUCCUCAACUGGAUUCCCUACGAGCCCUCCUCGCCCGCAGGCACUCCUAAAGGCAUAGCGCGCGGCAGUCUGCUCUACUCUAUCCGCUCCGUGGCUGUCUCGGAGAUGCGAUCCAUCCGCCGCCACACGCCACCCUUUGGAUGGCACUACAUCAUCAUCGUCCUCACCUCAGGAGUGGCGUUCCCGCCGCUCUACUUCUACGACGGGGGAGUGAAGGAGUUCCUACACGUGUUGAAGCAGCACGCCAUGCUCGAGCGCUCCCUCGACGACCCCAACGUCUACAACGUCAACCAGUCCUUCGACCUCCUGCAGAGGAGUCUAGCGCAGCUGCAUCUCUGGGAUCCGCCCUCCACCGAGCCUGCCGAACCGCCCGCCUCCGCCAAUUUCCGCUCCAUUGCAGCAGCAGCAGCGGGUGGCGCAGGGGGGAGGGUGGGGGCGGGAGGGAGUUACCGGCUGGGCGAGCGCAGUGCAUCGGCGUUCGGGCAGCUGGGGGGCAGCAGGGCGCUGGGCAGUGUGAGUGAGGACGAGGGGGAAGGGGGGGAGGACGCGGAGGGCGCAGAAAGGGGGAAGGGGGAGGGGGUGAAGGCGGUGCGGCGGAACAGGCUGCCCCCAUCCCUUACUCAGCGCAGCACAUCCGUGCCACACGCUGCUGCUGCUGCUGCUGCUGCUGCUGCUGCUGCUGCUGCUGCUGCUGCUGCUGCUGCUGGCGAGGGGGUGGGUGGCGAGGAGGGGGGGAAGGAAGGAGAGGGAGAGGGGGAGGAGGGGGAGGAGGGGGAGGAGCAGCAGUACCCGAGUGAAGCGGAGAUGCUGCGCAUGCUGGAGGCCGCUCAUGCCCUGGCGCAGCAGCAGGCCAAGCAGAAGAGAGGGGGGAGGGCGGGGGAAGCAGGGGAAGGGGGGGGCGGGGGCGGGGGAGAGCAGCAGCCAUCGGAGGCGGAGAUGCUGUGCAUCCUGGAGGCCGCCAAUGAACGCGCCCUGCAGGACGCUGCCCGCGCCCGGGCUCUCUCUCACCACCAGCACCAGCAGCACGACCAGCACCAGCACCACCGUGCACUGAACAGCACUCGCCGCCAGCAGCCUGCUGAUGUGGCAAAGGACAUCUCCAUGCAGGUGCUCGGGGGGUUCUCCGCCGUGACGCGCAUGGCGCGCGGCAUGCUGGCCGCCGCCCCCGCUGCCAUGGGGGAGGCCAUGGGCGGGCUGGGCGGCAUGGGCGGCUACGAGGGGCGGCUGCUGGGCGGCAGAGACGCGGAGGAGCGCAUGCCUGCUGCUGACGCGUGGGGGGGCGGGUGGGAGGGGGAGGAGGGGGAAGAGGAGGAGGAGGGCGAGAGUGAGGGCAGUCUGAGCCGCCUGACCACCAUCAAGGUGCUCCCCGUGCCGUUGGGGGGGGGAGGGAUAGAGGAAAGGGGAGGAUUGGGGGGGGAUGUGAUGUGGGGGAGCACGGAGGAGAGCACAGGUGUGGGCGAGUUUGAGCUGCUGGAUGACUUUCAGGACAAUUCCUCCUCCCUCGUGCCGCCUCGCCCUCUCCUGCCACCACUCUCCGCAGACGAGUGGAGGGCAUUUCAGGACAGUGAGGGACGGGUGAGCGAGGCCAACAGGCAGGCGGUGCUGCAGCGCAUCUUCUACAGCGGGAUGGACCCACAGCUGCGCGCCCAGGUGUGGCCGCGUCUACUGGGCUAUGUGCCAUGGGAUGCCAGCCACGCGGAGAGGGAGCAGCUGCGGCAGAGGCAGGUCUCCGCAUACAACUCGCUGCUGCUGCAGUGGCAGUCCAUAAGUGAGGAGCAGGCGAGGCGGUUCACCAAGUACAGGGAGAGGUGCAGCCGCAUCGACAAGGACGUUGUGCGCACGGACCGGCACCUGCCCUUCUUCGCGGGGGAGGGCAAUGAGAAUCUGGAGCGCGUGCGCCGCAUCCUCAUCACCUACGCCUUCUACAACUUCGACCUCGGCUACUGCCAGGGCAUGGGAGACCUGUUAGCACCGCUGCUGAUGGUGCUGGGGGACGAGGUGGAGGCGUUCUGGGCGUUCACGGCAUACAUGGACACCAUGGCGCCCAACUUUCACCGCGACCAGAGCGGCAUGCACGCCCAGCUGCAAGCCCUCUCCAAGUUGGUGCAGCUAGUGGACCCGCCACUGUACGAGUACCUGGAGAGCGUCGACUGCCUCAACUUCUUCUUCUGCUUCCGCUGGAUCCUCGUGCGCUUCAAGAGGGAGUUUGAGUUUGAGGGCACGUGUCGGCUGUGGGAGGCGCUGUGGAGCUGCCACCUGUCGCAGCACCUGCACCUCUUCGUCGCUGCUGCCGUGCUCAAACGCCACCGCCGCCGCAUCAUGGACGAACAGAUGGAGUUUGACUCGCUGCUCAAGUUCGCCAACGACCUCAGCGGCCACAUCGACCUGGACGCAGCCCUCAGGGACGCCGAGGCACUGUGUGUCCUGUCAGGGGAGAGGGGGCAGGCUUGCAUGCCCGUGCCACCACCACCUCUGGAAGAGAUGUUCGAAGGGCCCGAGACAGGAGAAGAGGAAGUGGAUGACUGA